GGCAAGGCACGGGCACGUCGCUCGGUAUGCCUGAGCGGCCGUGGCUGUCGGGUGCGCGGCCGCGCGAGGCGGCGGAGGCGCAUGCGCAUGCGCACGGGCAUGGUGGCCCGCUGCAGGUUUUGCAUGGGCGGAUUGGGAGGGCGGGGGAGGCGGUGCAUUUGGAUGAGAAAUUCGACGAGAAGGGCGAGGAGGUGAGGGGGAGGGGGAGGUCGAGGUCUGCUGAUGCGCGGGCUGCGACCGGCGGUGUAGAAGGGAAGGAUGCGGUGGGGAAGGACGCGGUGGGGCGGUCGCAUUUCAAGAAGGGUUCGGCGGGCACGGGGAGCUCGACGAGUUUGAUGGGCGGGGGGCUUGCGAGGUUGGGUGAGAUUACGGGGAUUGGGGGUGUGAAUCGCCCGCCGAAGACCCAGUCGUCUGCAGGCGUGUUUGGACCGCUGAUCGCGAGCGCGGGUGGAGCGCUCGGUGGGGCGGGAGCGCCUAGGCAGAGCGGGCUCGCGCCGGAUUUGAAGAGGCCUGGGUAUGGGCUCGUGCGGUACUCGUUGGACGCUGUCCCCACUCUCGGAUCGUCCCCGAACGCGGGCCGCCCUGAGAUGUACCACGCGAUAACAAUGCCACCCGCGCCGCCGCCGGGGACGGCAAGGCCUCCCGCGCGGCGGGCGAACUCGUCCCAUGAAAUCGGCACGCUCUCCCCCGAGGAGCGUGUGUCUGCGAGCUCGGCCGCUACGGGCUCGGACGCGGGGUUGCUUGGCAAUGCGGCUGGGUUCUCGAAUAUCAGUCCGCUGAGCGGGCGGGAGGAGCGGGAGAGCGGGGAUAGGGUGACGAGUAUGCAGAGUGUCGGCGGGUUCACGCUGAGGCCGCCGCCGCCCCCGCGCGGACGGUCGUCGGCGUCGGGGAGCGGGGUGUCGCCGGUUACGCCGCAGAGCGCGGGGUCGGGCGCUGGGUCUGGGUCUGGAUAUGGGUCUGGGUCUGGUGUCAGUGCUACGCCUGGAGGUGAGCCGCUCGCGCGCAUGGAGACGGCGCCGCAGCCGGAGACGCCGGAGGCGUUCGCGCGGACGGGGACGAUGGCCUCGAGUGUGAGCGCGAUGACGACGGGCGGUGGGCACCGCAAGAGGUGGAGCCAGGCGCUUGGGCUGCCGCAUCUCGCUGGGACGCUGCCGCAUGGGUACUCGAUGCAUCAGCUGGGCGGGUGGUUGACGCCUGGUGGGUCCGGGAAGGGAGAGGGGAAGAGCGGGCCGGGGACGCCGGCGAGUGUGAGUGGGAGCGAGCGGGGGGAUUAUUUUGAUGAGAAGAGUGUGAUGAAGGCGGAGAAGAGGCGGCGGGAGGAGGAGAGGAGGAGGAGGGAGGAGGAGAGGCGGGCAAGGGAGAAGGAGAAGAAGCGCAGGAGGAAGAAGGCGGAGGUUUAUAUCACGCGCCAUGUUGCGGCGAUUAUGCAGCGUCAAGAGUUCAUCCUCAAGCUCGCGCGCGCCAUGAUGAUGUUCGGCGGACCCUCGCAUCGCUUCGUUGCCCAGAUCCAGGCUACCGCGCGCGUGCUCGACAUCGAGUGCAGCGCGAUGUACCUCCCUGACGUGAUGCUCAUCUCGUUCGAGGACAGCGCGACGGGGACGUCCAACGUCAAGUUCAUCCGACAGGGCUCGGCGCUGGACCUCGGCAAGCUCGCGGAUGCGUACGCGCUCUACUGGGACGUGAUCCACGACCGGCUGUCGGUGUCGACUGCGAGCGCGGCGCUCGACGGGCUGAUGCGCAAGAAGCCGCUGUACAAUAAGCUGCAGCUGGUGCUGAUCGGCGGGAUGUGCAGCGCUGCGAUUUGCAGCGUGUCUUUCUCGGGGAGCUUCAUUGAUUCGCUGGUCAGUUUUCCGCUUGGGGCGUUGUUGGUUGGGGUGCAGUUGUUGAGUGUGCGGAAUGAGCUGUAUGGGAAUGUGUUUGAGAUUACGAUCGCGACGCUUCUUAGUUUUAUCAGUGCUGCGCUUGCGUCGUCGCAUCGGUUCUGUUACUCGGCGGUCGCGUCGAGUUCGGUCGUGCUUAUUCUUCCCGGCUUCAUUGUACUCUGCGGCUCCCUCGAAAUUUCCUCCCGUUCCAUCGUCGCCGGCGCCGUCCGCCUCUGCUUCGCGCUCAUGUACUCCCUCUUCCUCGCCUUCGGCCUCGCGAUCGGCGCAGAGAUGUACGAGAAGAUCCUCGGCCAGCAGCUCGUGGGUCCCACCGACUACUCCUGCCUGGACAGCCACGACCCCGACGGGCCGUGGUGGCAGCAGACGCCGUCCGAGUUCUGGGCGUUCCUGACUGUGCCGCUGUACUCGCUCUUUUUGAGCUUGCGGAACCAGGCGCCGUAUAAUCGGAAGGAACUUGUGCUGCUCGUGGGGAUUUCGUCUGCGGGAUGGGUGACGAACCAUUUCACGGGCACGAAGUUUGUGAAUCAGAGCGAUAUCAGUGCGGCUGUUGGGGCGUUUGCGGUUGGGUUCAUCGCGAACAUGUACAGUCGCUUCUUCAACGGGAACGCCUUUGUGGUCAUGAUCACUGGUAUCCUCUUCCAGCUGCCAUCUGGCCUGGGCAACGGCGGCUUGCUCAACUUCGUCUCGGACCAGACGUCUGGCUCGGCCUCCUCGUAUUUGAGCGGCUUCGACACGGCCUUGCAGCUUAUCUCCGUCUCGGUAGGGUUGACGGUCGGCUUGGGCAUCUCGCUCGUCGUCGUGCAUCCUAUUCAGAGUCGUAGGCGCGCUGGCGGUAUGAUGUCGCUUUGAGUUUUGAGACUUUCACUCGGGCACUACACGUUUCAUCCAAAGGCAUUACUUGCCACCCGGACUCCUACCUUCACGCGGACUCUACUUCUCUCGAGUUCUUCUUCUUCAUGCGUUAACCCAAAAGGCUUAUACGGACGAUAUCCAUAUCCCAAUCGCCCGUUUCUUGAUACUAGGACAGUCAGCACUUUACCCGACAUAGAUAUAGACUUCAAACGCACCACACGGACGGGACAAUCAAUCAUCAUCUCUUACACACUAGACUUAACUGGAUUCAUUCCUUAUCUCAGCUUUAAUCGACUUGUCUGUCGUCAUCUCCUUGUUGACACUGGGCCUGCAGGCGGUCUGCGAUACGCCUCUCCCCGACCGCUAACCCGGACAUUAGGAUCUCAUACCUCACAAAAUCGCUAUACCUAUAGCUAACCAUCGAUUGGAUGGCACGAACGCGUUUCUUCCAUUGUUUUAUAUAGACUUAGACUUCUUCAUGCGUGUUCGCGGCAUGACUUUCCCUUUCACGAACUAUCUUCCUGAUUCUCGUCAUGUUCCCUUUCCCAAUGUUAUACUCUCACAGUUUCUGUUUACGAUCCAUGCGUGUGCAUACAUAUCACUUGGCUAUUUGCGGACUCUCUCUCUCUCGACAUACUCACGUUCUCUCCAGUGUUCAUUCUUUUACCCGGUUUCUCUCAU